AUGGUUACGAUGGACGAGUCACGGCACUUGCAUGGGCUGGUGGACAUGGGGAGUAACGGGAUCCGCUUCUCGAUUACGGAUCUAACGCCAGAGACGCAACGGGGACUCCCGACUCUGUAUCUGGACCGUGCGGCGAUAUCGCUGUACGAUGCUCAGUUUGAAGACGGCAAGCCCGUUCCGAUACCCCAGGCGACGAUCAGACAGGUAGUCAAAUCGUUGCUGCGGUUCAAGGCUACGUGCGAGGAUUUUGGGGUGCCAGAGAGGCAAGUGCGGAUUGUGGCUACGGAGGCUACGAGGAAGGCGGUUAAUUCGGAAGAGUUUCGCGACGAGAUCAAAAGGGCAACGGGGUGGGAGGUGGAGCUUCUGUCAAAGGAGAUGGAGGGACGGAUUGGGGCGUUUGGGGUUGCGAGUUCAUAUCACAAUGUCACGGGACUCAUGAUGGAUUUGGGGGGUGGGUCGACGCAGAUCAAUUGGAUUGUUACGUCGACGCAGUACGAUCGGGUUGAGAUGUGUGAGAAGGGAAGUGCAAGCCUACCGUAUGGCGCUGCGGCGCUCACGAAGAGGCUUGAGGAAGCUGGUUCACAUGGAAGCAAAGGGUUCAAGGCUUUUGAAAGCGAAGUCAUUGCCGACUUGAAAGGAGCGGUUGAGGAUAUUCGGAUUCCUCAACAUCUGCUUGAUCGAUGCAAGUCGGAAGAGGGUCUUUCUCUGUACCUGUCUGGGGGUGGAUUUCGAGGCUGGGGCUUUGUGCUCAUGUCUACGCAUCCCGUCCAGCCGUAUCCCAUUCCAAUCAUCAACGGGUUUCGGACAACUAGUGACGUCUUCCAUGAUACGCACGCUGUACAAGCUGCUGUCAAGCAAGAAGCCACACCAGAAAUUUUUCGCGUGUCAGCACGUCGGGCCAGUCAAGUUCCUGCAGUGGCUUUUUUGGUCUCGUGCCUGUCGAAAGCACUGCCGAGCAUCAAGAACGUCUACUUUUGCCAGGGGGGCGUAAGAGAGGGAAUGCAUUUUGCGGAGAUGGAGCCGGCGAGCAUGUCCGAUGCGCCAAUUGUCAAUGCGACAAGAGCAUAUGCGUCGGCUUCUAGCUCGGAGCUGAUGAACCUGUUGCGGAGGGCGGUAGUGGCUCCGCCAUCGGCGGCGCGCAAGGAGCUGUUUAGCAACAGCAUGAUGAGGGCCUUCACAUACACCAUGUUUGCGCACAGAGGCCAAGUUAAGGAUCUCCGCAGUGGGUCUGCACUAAGGAGUACCACGACAGGCAUCUUCUCUGCCGGGCACGGUCUUAGCCACGAGGAACGCGCCACGCUUGCUAUUCUGCUGUGUGAGCGUUACGGGGGGUACAGCACAAUCAGCCCCACCGAACAGGACUUUUAUCACCGAAUGCUGCAGCUUGUUCCCGAAGACCUGAGGUGGUGGUGCAGGUACCUGGGGAGCGUUGCUGGCGUACUGGCAAGUGUAUAUCCCGCAGGGACCAUUCGGCAGAGCCGCGUCCAGAUCAAGGUGGAGUGGGCGAGUAGCAAAAAGGACAAGGAGAGGCUUUGCGUUGAUUUUGUGUUUGGGCACGAGCCGGACGAUCUCGACGAGGGACUGCAGGCGGCGUUGAAGCGGGUGGAGAAGGUGGGCAAGAAGAAGAAGUGGAUCGGAGGGCAUGGAUACAAAGUGCUGUUGACUGUAAAUGGCCACAGCUAUGGCGACGAGGACGAGUAG